AUGGGAACAGACUUUGGACAGAGCUUCCGUAAAGGAAUCGGUAUUCGGAAGAUAGACGUUGACGAGGGAACCGUCAUUGACUCGGUACAGCCGUCAAAUACUUUAGCCAUGUCAGGUGUCCCAGGCCGGAUAUCACCUCCUAUAACCCCAGACGUCGUUUCGGUUCCUCAGUCACGACAGACAUCUAUGGAAAUAGCCUCUGAGAUUGCCCCAGAAAUUGUGGUGUGGACUGAGGACAUGGAUAUCGACAAUACUAGUCCCGUUGAGUCUGACGAUGAACUGUCGAGUCUCAAAAGCGAUUUCGAGGAAGAACCACACCAGGUCGAUGCUGACCCGACCUCGAUGCAAACAUCCGCUGAUGGCGAUCCUGUCGAUUCUUUCCCCUCUUCAUUGUCGAAUCUCACAGAGCUAUCAGACCUCUCAUCGAUACCAUCGACAGCGUCGAGUAAGGCUACUACCCCUACGCCAGUCGAGGCUGAAGGUCUGCAAGACCAAGAGCAACCAAUCGACGAGCAGCCCAGUUCUCACCAACAAUCGCCGUCUCAUGAGGCUGAACGCUACAAUUUCAACAUCAAACCAAAGGCCUCAAUUCCGACCAAUAUCUCGCCUUACAGAUAUGCAUCAGAAUGCAUCUCGGCUGCCGAGUCGAGUCGACUUAACCCUUACGCCCUACAUCCAGAGGAAUAUCUCCUCCUUCGUCAUCAUAUAUCUUAUACACAGGUCACAACAUACCUCAACGUCAGAAAUGGUAUCUUACGCCUAUGGCUUAAGCGUCCCUGGAUUGGCGUAACGCGAUUAGAAGCAGUUGGAUGUGCAAAUGCCCGCUGGUUUGACGCAGCCAGUGUUUGCUAUGAUUGGCUUGUUCGUCGGGGCUAUAUAAAUUACGGGUGCGUGCAGGUACCAGAAACCGAAACAGAAGACAGCAUUGCUCCGGUUAGGAGACAGAAGACAAUUGCUGUCAUCGGUGCUGGAAUCUCUGGACUUGGGUGUGCUAGACAGUUGGAGGGCUUAUUCAAACAGUUCGCCGAUCGGUUUCGCGAGCGAGGUGAGCCGCCGCCUCGUGUCGUUGUGCUUGAAGGGCGAAGCCGCGUUGGAGGAAGAGUAUACUCUCGCGAAUUCCAAACCAAACCCAAGGAGCCUACGCCAGCCUUUAAAGGCAAGCGGCAUACUGCAGAGAUGGGCGGUAUGAUUAUAACUGGAUUCGAUCGGGGAAAUCCCAUCAACAUCCUUCUUCGAGGCCAGCUCAGCCUACCAUACCAUGCACUGACAGCGGACACUACUAUAUAUGACAGUAACGGAAGGGCAGUUGACCCAGUACGGGAUCAACUGGUUGAGAAGCUGUACAAUGAUUGCCUAGAUCGAGUCAGCGAGUACAAACACAAGAACCAGCCAACAAAGCUUAUCGAGGGCAGACGGGACCUUAUAGAAGAGGGACGAGAUAGUCCUGGCGACGGUAGUAAGACCAUGUUCCAGGAGGAAGAAGCUGCCGCAGCACAACCAGAUGCAGCACCAGUAGCUCAACAAAAUGUCCCAGAAAAGGUCAACUUGAUACCGGUGUCUUCAGACAAGCUCACUGGUCGUGUACAUAUGGAGCCUGGAACUCCUGCCACCGUCAAAGCAUCCGACAAGGCAAAACUUAUGGGAUGGACAAUUCGAGAUUCAGCUGAGGGUGAGAACAUCGACUUGGUACCGGCAAUAAACGAAGAGGGCGCGACCUUGGGUUCCGUUCUUGACUCCGCCAUUUCUCAGUACAAACAAAUUGUUGGCCUAAAUGCUCAAGAUCACCGGCUGAUAAACUGGCAUGUCGCCAACUUGGAGUACAGUAAUGCAACAAGCCUACAUAACCUGAGUCUUCCAUUGUGGGACAUUGAUGCGGGUAACGAAUGGGAGGGAAGCCACACCAUGGUCGUUGGUGGCUACCAGAGUGUUGCUCGUGGAUUAGCUCAAUGUCCAAGUCCUCUUGAUCUAAAGACCAAGUUCCCUGUCAAGAGCAUAUCCUAUCAUACUGGCGAGGGUAUGGCUUCAGCCGCGAUUGAAUGUGAGGAUGGCUCAGUAGUGGAUGCUGAUGCUGUUGUCUGCACUAUUCCUCUUGGCGUCUUGAAGCAGAGCAACAUCGUCUUCAACCCGCCUCUCCCGUCAUGGAAGACUGAUGUCGUUGAGCGCUUAGGGUUUGGCAUAUUGAACAAGGUUGUUCUGGUAUAUGACAAAAUUUUCUGGGAGCAAGACAGACACAUAUUUGGCGUAUUGCGGGAGUCGUCAAACCGACACAGUACGUCACAGAAAGAUUAUGCCACGAGCCGUGGUCGCUUUUUCCAGUGGUUCAAUGUUUCCAACACGACAGGCUUGCCAUGCCUUAUUGCCCUCAUGGCUGGCGAAGCAGGCUUCGAGACCGAGCACUCCAGUAAUGAUAGUCUUGUGGCCGAGGCAACAGAGGUGCUCCGUCGUGUCUUUGGCAAGGACGUUCCUUAUCCAGUAGAGGCUAUGGUCACUCGAUGGGGCUCGGAUCGUUUUGCUCGGGGAAGUUAUUCGUCUGCUGCUCCAGGUAUGCAGCCUGAGGAUUACGACGUUAUGGCACGGCCUGUUGGGAACCUUUUCUUCGCAGGUGAACAUACUAUCGGCACACAUCCAGCUACAGUACACGGCGCCUACCUGUCUGGCUUAAGAGCAGCUUCAGAAGUGUUGGAGGCUCUGAUAGGACCUGUUGAGGUUCCAACCCCUUUGAUCCUACCCAGGGAUUCUGUACUGCUACGCAAGCGUAAGGAGCCUGCCAGAGACCUAAAACCGGCACGGCUAGAGGCCUACGAACAGGAGAUACAGGCUCACAUUCAUGCGAAAAUUGGAGAACGGCCCUCUCGUCCGGCCAAGGUGGCCAGCAACCCGUAUAUUCUUUACAGCAGGGAUUUAUUUGAUGUCGCACGGAAGAGGUGUGAAGAGAACCGAAAACCCGGAAGAGGCGGUCGUGCUGUGCCCAACGAAGUUCGCAUUAUGACAUCAACGAUGUGGAAGGAGGCUACACCUGAAGAGCGUAAGCCGUACGAGGAUCAGGCAACUGAAAUGAAACAAGGCUACGCUGAAGCUGUACAAGCCUGGAAUCAAGCUACCAAAAAAUGGGAUCAAGAGUCUGCCGCUCUGAGAGCAGCUUAUGAGAAAGAGAACCCAUUCGAUGCUUACAAAAUGCAAAUGGAAGAUUUGCCUUGCGAGGCAUCAUAUAAGCAGCGUCGGACAAGGAACAUCAGUUAUGCGGAGGACGGCGAAAGCGAUGCUGGGUUCUAA